CAUAGUAAGAAGCGGAACCUUAAUGUGACUGAGGUCUGCAGUCGGAACUUUGACACCCAGCCGUUGCUUCGUCUUGUGGCGGUGCAGAUAAUUAAUUUAGUCGGUAAAAAAUGGCUUCAGUUGAGAAUUUGAGAGAGUUUGUCAACGAGCGACUAUCUGCUGCUGCUGAAGAAAUAUUCGGAGUUUUUAAAAGAACCGUCGUCGAGUACCAGGAAGAGAUCGACCGGCAGCGCAGACUGUUGGAUGUUUUUUGGAAACCCGAAGUGAGGUUACACAGGAUAGAGCUCCCACAGUCACGUGUCUGUAAGGAGGAGGAGCUUCUCUCUGACCAGCAGCUCUGUCUCCAGGAGAGGAAGCCCAGUCUGGACCAAGAGGACCCAGAUCCUCCAGCGAUUAAAGAGGAACAGGAGGAACUCUGCACCAGUCCAGAGGGAGAGCAGCUUGAACCGAAGCAGGAGGCCUUUACGUUGACUCCUACUUGUGAGGAAAGAGGCCACGGUGAAGAUCAACUUCUGGACUCGUGUACUGAUGAAGCUGAGAGUGUGGUACAGGAAACAUCUCUAGAAUACAUUUCAGUUGAAAGCACCGCUGUAGUUGAACUAAACAAUGACCACCAGCUUCUCUCUCACAAUCCUCAUGAAUCUGAUGGCCAAGAUCAGAAAGGAGUAAAACUUAGUUUAACAUCAAACAAGGAACCAGCUUCUCCGGGUGAGAAGCCGUUUUUGUGCAGAGAUUGUGGGAAAUCCUUUCAACUUAAAAAUAGCUUGUUUGCCCACGUGAGAAGAACCCACAGAGUUGAUCAACCAUAUGUAUGCAACACCUGUGGGAAAAGAUUCCCUCAUGAAUCAAUAUUCAAGGCCCAUAAAAGAGUCCAUAGUGAUGAGAAACCCUUUUCUUGUGAACCAUGUGGAAAAGAAUUCAAAUAUAAUAGUGAUUUAAAAGCCCACAUGAGUGUUCACACUGGGGAAAGGCCGUAUUCCUGCCUCACCUGUGGGAAAACAUUCUCUCGGCCAUCAAAUUUGAAGUCUCAUAUAAGAAUUCACAGUGGGGAGAAGCCAUUUUCCUGCAUCACCUGCGGGAAAGCAUUCGCUCAGCCAUCAAAUUUGAGGUCUCAUAUAAUAAUUCAUAGUGGGGAGAAGCCAUAUUCGUGCAUUACCUGCGGGAAAACAUUCUCUCAGAAAUCACUAUUGAAAUCUCAUGUAAGAAUUCAUAGUGAGGAGAAGCCAUAUUCCUGCAUCACCUGUGGGAAAACAUUCUUUCGGAAAUUACAAUUGAAGUAUCAUAUAAGAAGACACACUGGGGAAAGGCCAUAUUCUUGCAUCACCUGUGGGAAAACAUUCACUCGGACAUCAGUAUUGAAGCGUCAUAUAAGAAUUCAUACUGGGGAGAAGCCAUAUUCCUGUAAAAUAUGCGAACGUGGUUUCAGGACUUCUAGUAACUUAAUUGUCCACAUGAGAAGAACCCACAAGGGUUAGGUGUCAUAGAGUAAAUAUUCAGAGCAAUUUUUAAGAUUAAAAAGGCGUUGAAGCUUUCUAUAAGAUCAAACACAAAUGCUGCAACCUCUAACUGCUCCCCCGGCGCCUGGUUAAAAAAAAAUGCAAUGCCAGUUGCUUUGGAUAAAAGCGUCAGCUAAAUGAUAUGUAAUGUAAUACCCAGUCAUUAAAUGUAUAUAUUUUACUGUCAUCCCCCAAAUCUUUGUUGCAGAUUAAGGGAACAUAUCAUGCAAAUGUUUAACCUGUUUGAAAUAUAUAUUUAUCUGCCAAAUUAAUUGCCAAUCUACGAAAAUUCCUGCAAUAAAAAUGAUGGAUCUCUUAAACUGAUAAACCCUCAAA